AUGGAUUUCGAUUCAGACACUCAGAAUCUGCUUGCGCCUUUGGAGACCAUCUCCUUUGCAGAGCGAUGGAAAGUAAUGGUGGAACUUGGACGACGCAGUAUGCGUCCCCUUUCCUCGGGCGACGAUGCGGCUUCUAAAAACCAAUUACAAGGCGACCGCCUCAUUAUGGCUUUAAUCGCCUUCGCAUCCUCGGAAGUGCAUUAUGAGAGGAUGCUGGCGGGUAUGGCCUUUCGUGGAAUGAUCGCGGAAGCCCUGGUGCAAAAACGCCAACCCCCAUCUGGCGUUUUGACGGCCCUCAGAAAACUUAUGUUGGACCCAUCGUCGAAGAUUUUUAAGUUAGUAGCGACACCUUUGGUGCAAAUUUCAACGGACGACGCACUGAAAGAGGUCCUUAUACAAGCUCCCAUGAAACAAUUCCUGAUGUUAAAUAAUGCCAUACAGAACUCUGGGAAGUCGCAUAUUAUGCGUGAGUUGUUUAACGAGCAAAAACAAUUUAACCGCACCGCACAAUCUGAAGAGGAGAAGAUGGACGUGAAUUUGUCGGCGGAAAAAACGGCCUAUAAAAUUACCUCCACGAAAAAAAUGGAAAAUCUGUAUCCCCAUCUUCCCGAAGAUGAACUAAAAAGUCUUCCAGUAAACGAUCUAUUUGCACUCCCUGAAAGAGUAUUCCGCAGAUUGACUGUCCUGCAUCCUGAAUUGAUGGUAGAAAUCCUUAUGGGACUUAAGACAGAGUUAAACAGCGAAAACCACAUACUUGAUAACACAGGCACUGAGGACAUUCAAAGUGGUGAUAAAAAAUAUAUUCUACGGGAGCUUUUAGACACCAAAAUAUUUAUAGCAGCAAGUGCGUUGGGUGUGCUAUCUCGGAAGAAAGAAGUAGAUCUCGGGAUGAAACUCAUAAAAGAUAAACUCUGCAUCUCCAAUCUGUUCAAAAUUGGAAUGUCUGAGGUAUACAGUAUCUACCUCCGCGUUCGAACAUUGGAAACGUGCGAAUGCAUCGUUCAGAACAAGGAAACCUUUCAUCACAACAUAAGGUCACGGCGUAUUAUCAAGCGAUUGCAAAGCAACACGCCUCUCCUUGUGGAGAUGUACAAAAUGAGCCUCUUCAAUGCCGAACUAUUCCAUUUUCUUCCUAAAUCGGCGCGCCAACAGUUCUACGAUGACUCCAUUCGAUAUAUCUGUGUGGGCAAUAAUAAUAACGUGGUACCGAUGAAUAUUGCGAGAUACAUCCCAUCCCAGGCUCUUCGCGAAAAUACGGCAAAACGGAUGUUUCACCUCAAAGACCUGCAGACCUCCCCCAACACACAGAUUGAAUACCUCGGAUUGCUUCCUUUUCACGAGGCGUGGGAGCUUUCCCAGCCCUUUCUAAAAAAUCCAAAACAGGAAAUCCGCCGUAGCUGCGCAACCGCGUUGAUCCACAGCGUCGCCUAUUAUCCUGCUUACCUGAGCGACCUUCUGGCUUUCAUUCUUAAACAAAUGAAUGAACAAGAUCAAUGGCGAACUGAGAUGUUUGAUUCUCUCACAAAUCUCCCCUUGAAGAUUUGGAAGCAGGAGCAUUUGAGCUACGUUGAUCAGCUGAUUCAAAAAAAUUUUGAGGCCAAAGAUGUUUCGGAGUUCACCUUGAUGGCUGCACAAAAAUUACUAGUGCGGAUUGCGGAAACGUUCCCGGUAUAUGCCUCAGAAAAGCUUCAUCUAUUCAUAGAACGCGAUAUAUUCUCAAUAGAAGGCUUAGACAAGCUAUCCUGCAGCUCCGUGGAGAGGUUUCUCCCCCUACUUUUCCCAAAAAUCAAAGACCUGAUACUUGAAGAAAAAAAUUCGAUACCAAACAGAAUUCGGUACGAGCUCAACCCGCGACUACGUCUUUUAAAAAAUGUCCUUAAGCCCAUUUAUGAUUUCUACCUGACGCUGGAAAAUCCUCAAAGACACAGCCCUGCGCUUGAAUUUUACUAUGAGGCGUUUCGCCACGAGGCGCUUCAUCAAAUUUUUCCAGAAAUCCUAUGUACUGAUGCAACAAAGCUUGACAGGAUCCUCGGCAGGGUUUUAUUCAAACAUCAUCAAGGCACAUUACUCAACACCUGCUUGAAAUUCCUGCGCGCCUUGCCCGAGACGGACGAUGAAUCGCAUUUCUUUACCGAUCAGUGCAUUGGCUUUUUCGAUCCUCAGUGGGCCUAUCGCCUGACUUUAACCCAACAGCGUACUCUUGCCGAGAUUCUUCUCCGACACUACGUCAAAGAUAACUUUUCAUUCUACGCCAGGGGUGAUUUUUUCGAGUUAAUUACCAGUUUGCCUUCCUUGACAAUCGAGGAUGCCCUUUGGCCGUACACCCGAGAGAAUUACGACGAUCUUUGGGUUCGCGAUACCGCGGUGUUUGCGCUUCGCCGGAUGCACGACGCGGCCUCCUUGGCUGAGCUCCGAAGCGCACUUCGGGACUCCCGUGCGCGUCAGGCGGUUCUGGCGAUCACUGCACGCCUGAAGUCCCACCCGGUUCCUUUUGUCCUCGACGUCGUGGCCUCCGCGCUGGAAGGGAAAACGCUAAUCGCGUCGGAAAAGCACCUCGUGCGGUUUCUCGGCGCCCUCGCCGACGCAGACGCGCUGGAGUUUCUCAUCCGCCGGUGUGAAAACACCCCCGAGAUGCAUGAGGACGUCCGGCUUGCCAUGCAGGAUGGCCUUCGAAGCCAUCUGGAUCAGGAGCGGGUGUGGGAAUUUUACGAAAAGAGCGUAAAAAGUGCCCGUUCGGCGGAAUGCGUGGCGGUGUUGGGGAUUCGGGAUGAAAAUUUGCAUUACGACUGGCAGGUGGCACGCAUGAAUGGGCUCCUUCUCCCUCUCCUUCGAAAGGACGACCCCGUCGUCCAGCUGGAGGCACUACGACGGUUGUCGGGAAGUCCUUUUCUGGGAAAUCGCGCGAUACUUUCGGAGGUAUUUGGAUUCCUAAGCCACCUUCAAUCCACGCGAAUGGAAUAUGCGAUGCGGUAUCUUCUGCAUAAUCCCCACUCCACCCCGGCGGAGGUGGUGGAGCGGCUUGCCAAUUUAAAAGACGACCGCGAUAUCGCCAUCGCGGUGAAGGUGUUAACGGGGCAUUCCCUGCAAUAUACCCCGUCUGCGCGCACCGUACGUCUGGAGCGAAUAGCCGACGGGCUGUAUAAAAGUCUGAUCGCAAAACGCCGUCAGCCCACGCUGAUAGCCAAACUCGUGCUGUUUGGCAGCUCGGAUUUAUUGGAAUCGAGGUUUACAGAGAUGAUCUCUCAGAAUCUUCUUCACACCGGUGCGGCGUGCUAUGUCGUGGGAGAAUUGCCUUCCUACGCGAUAAAAUCUCCACUAAGGGUGAUUCAGGCACUCGAAAGAUCGUUUCGCCAACACGCACAGCCCUUCUUUCGACGCUGUGGGCUUGCAAUGCUUCAGGGAGUGGCAUCUGAAAACAAAUGGCCGUUGGAGUGCCUCGAAGCACUUCAAGUCUAUCGUGAGGAUUCCGAUCUGUGGAUUCAAAACGAUGCCGCCCUCGUGUUGGUUCCGUUAUUUGAACAAGGUUAA